UAGUCAUUUACAACACUACACUGUGUUUCUGAUCGAUUUUUAUUCAUUUUAAUGGACAAAAAAAAGGGCAUUUCUAAGUGACCCCAAACUUUUGAACGGUAGACAUUGCUCGUUCUGUAAUUUCAUAAUUUCUUUCUUUUUAGAUUUUUAGACUAUGUGUGUAUUGUCUUGUAUUGCUAGGUAAUACUACACUGUUGGCGCUAGAAACCCAAGGUUUUCGCUGCACCUGCGAUAACAUCUGCAAAUCUGUGUACGCUAAACUUUGAUUUGAUUUCUAUGUUGCAGACCAGAGUUAUGUUGUUUAUCUUGCUGGAAUCCUACAGGACAUAACGUGGCACAAAGUCAAGGGUUCUCUUUCGCCUGACAUUUCAAAGAUUUUAGAGUAUGGCCCAAUGACGUGUCAGCAUAUUCCUUGUUGUUUUGAUCUAGACUGACUCUGGUUGCUUAUGUUGGAGAUUAAAGACCCUGUCCUCGAGAUCUCCAGAACAAGUCCUCCUGAGACAAUUUGUUUUGUCCUGGGAAAUCUUCGAUUGGCAUUGAACCAACUGAACCAGCCUGCACUGAAUUGUACUCUUUUACUGCCCCCAAGUGGUUGUAAAAGGGUACAACUUUGUUUGGAAAGUUAGAAAACGUCAUAUGUGAACUAGCUGCUACCAGCAGUGAACAGGCACUACCGUUACAACAAGUAGCUUUAUCUCUAUCCGCUGGACUCAAUGCUUCACUGCAUUUCCAGCAAAUGGAAGGGAGGGGCCCAUUGACUCUAUGUAUGGUAUAGGGAGGAACCCAGGACAUUCUUGUUUUGUACCAAACCCUCUUGAAAAUUUGGAACAUAUAGUUCUAUUUGCUGUAGCAUUCCUCGUCUGAAUUAGCCUGUUUACACAUUCCCUUGCUGUUGUCAUGGAGCUGUCAAUCUCUCAACUUAUCAUUUAGAUGACACUUAAGAGGAGAUUUAGAUUGAUGUGCUUUCACAGUAGGCUACAUUCUCUUGACCCUUGUAAAAACAAAAUGGGGCCCAACCGCUCUCUGUGCCAUGGUCACAUUUGGACCAAGGUUACAUCUUUCCAGGGGGCAUCUGCAGCAAAACCCCAUGGUAAUCAUAGGUUUUCUUCUCUACGGGAGUGAUAGCGUGAUGCGUGCCGUGUCAAUGUGCUCUGUUCAGACUGUAUAUGAACAGUGUAUUCUACAUAUUUAAACCAGGCUUACCGGGCUGUCAGAAACAAAUUGACACAUUAAAAACAACCUUUUGUUUUUAAUGUAAUGCAUACUAGUGUCAACUCUUAGAAACAAAACGCUAUCUGUAACUUAAAAGGUUUCUUUGGCGGUCCACAUAGGAUAAUCCUUUGAGGAACAUUCAUUGGUUCCAGGUAGAACCCUUUUGGUUCCAAGUAGAACCGUUUUGGGUUCCAUGUAGAACCCUUUCCACAUGAAACCCAAAUUCUACCUGGAACCAAAAAAGGUUCUCCUAUAGGGACAGCCAAAGAGCCCUUUUUUUAUCUAAGAGUGCAGAAUCAUGUAAGCCUAAAGCUUUUCGUCAGUCUCAUUUGACAGCAGUCAAUGACCUAAGCGUACUGUACGUACCUUAUGGUACUUUGCAUUGUGUGAUCUCUAUGCUCAAGUGAAGUCACAUUCCAUGACAUGUUAGAACAGAACAAACGCGAAACUGUUUGCCUGAAACCAGGGAUAACUCCUCACGGCAUGGCCACACCCAUUCAGCCUGUACUCCUCUGUUUCGAUAGGGGAUGUUUUUGAUGUAGUUGUGUGGAGCAGGGGAAGAGGCUGCUAUCUCCAUGACUGUGUCACCCCCCCCAGUCAAAAAUACCCCAGGCUCACUUUUCCAAUUCCUGUUCUCUGUCGCUGCCAUCGUCUUUUUUCCAUUGCCUCGUUCAGUCCCCUCUGGUGGAUCUGUCAAUAAGCCAGUCAUGACAAUGACACGUGGAAUUUUUCAUUACCUUGCCCCAGGGCACUAUAUAGUUCACUACCCAUGCCUCUUUUCCACUCUUGUUCACCCCCCCUCUCUCUCUCUCUCUCUCGGAUUCUCUCUAUUUGUUCCUGUCCUGUUCAGACGAAGCCUGCUGUGUUCCCUAGCUGUCUGUACUGCUGUUUAGCGAGAAGUAGAGCUGUGUAGCAUUGAGCAGGACAACGUGGUUGUCUAGGGCUGUGUGUAGGGCUGUAUCAGCAGGGCACAAGGGCUGUGUUGGGCUGGCAGAGGUAGGGCUCUCCCAUGGCCUACCCUCAGUGCCCAGCCCCUGGGUCCUACACCAUGGUCAUCAUCCCUCUCCGGAGCAGCCUCUACAGUCUUGACGCCCUACGCUUCUACCUAUGGAUUAAGAGGCUAAAGAACUUGGAGAGGGAGCAGGACUCUCUGUGGACCGGGCUGCAGGUUCUGGAGCAAGCCCGACUAUGGUACCGUCAUAGACUGGAGAGCAACAGAUCCAGGCAGGCUAACGUGCGCACCGGGGCUGGAGCUAGGGCAGAGGUGUGGGGAGGAGCGGGGGUGUCAUCGUGCCUCCUGCGGUCUCAGAUCCAGAGGGUGAAUGGAUCUCUGGGUAGUCUGAUGAUUGAGCCCAACGUAACCAGGUGUCCCUCCUCUCCGAAGAGGGACGGGGUCGAGGUAUCAGACAAUGAGCUACGGUGGCAGAACACGGUACUGGUACAGGAGGUGAGCGAGAAGAAUGUUCAAAUCUCCCUGUUGGAGCUGGAGAGAGAUCGCCUUUUGCAAGAGCUGAGUGUGCAUCUUGGUGUGGAAGUGUAGUGGGCAUCCUGACUGAGUUAUUUGAGUUUGUACAUUGCCAUCAAGCCCAUUUCACUUUUAUCCCACAUGAGCGCACACACGCGACUGAACACCACUUCAUAACUCUUCAACUAAAGUUAUUCCAAUCUAUGUCCGGAUUUCAUUGUCUCUCAUCACUGUAAAUAUGCUUGUAAAAUAAUAAUUCAAUAUACUGUAUGUA